ACUAUGUUUAUUCUUCAUACUCAAGAGUAUGCAGCCCAACUCUUAAUUUCAUAUUGGGUUGCAACAUACAAAAAAAUUAGAUGAUACCUGUGAAUGGCACUCAAGUCAAUCAACUAUGCCUUUCCCAAGUGGUAAGUGGUACAAUUUUUUAAAUGAGAAGUGGUCUGGAUAUAUUCAUUAGUCCUUCAAGGCUGAAAAAGUGUAUAUAAAAUAUAUUUGUGUGUGUGUCUGUGGUGGGGGGUCUAUGAGAGUUUGGGGGGACUAUGUGGGGAGUUGUUCUGGGUCUGUGUUCCUGUCCUGCUAAGUUUUGUUCUUAUUACCAGGAACUGAAAAUGCUUUGAAAUGCAUAUUUGCAUACUUAGUAUAUCUAUGAAUAUGUGUUGUGGAGUGUGUCCUGGAAGUAGUAUGAUAUCAGAAGGUCCAAAAAUGUCCAGCCCAAAAGAUACCUAUUCCCUGUCCCUGAGCAUAUUUGUCCCCAACACCUUCUGGAUUCUUGUGACACUACUACGAUUUCAUCUCCUGUGGCUUCAUUUUCAUUCUUACCUUAUCUUUGUCACUAAUACAAUUAGUGUCACUUUAUACCAUUUUAUAAAGGUGACAAAUUGUAUUCAAGUUGCCCCUGGGUUCUCCCAGCAUCUCAUUUGGUUUUGAACUGAAGUAGGGGAAGCACCUGGCAGGAAGGGCUGGGACCACAGAUUGCACAAGGUGCAUUUUAAGCACAAUAUUGAAUCAAAAGUAGGCAUUGCAAAUUGGAGGGGCAGGAGAAGCCAUGACUGUUUUAUGUCAGAGAUGCCAGAAAGGAACCAAGGAGGAAGUCCUGCUGUGCCAGGCUUUGGGUCCCUUGACUGUUGGGAGCUGGAAAGGUAGAACCAAGGUCAGGUCUCAGAGGGCAAUAAAGGCUGACUGACUGGGAUCAUCACACCACUUCCUCCAGAAAAUCAAACUGAGCUAGGUGGGAACUCCUAAUCCCAUACUCACUGAAGCAGCUCACCAGGGUUCUCUAUGAUUCUGGAACUCCCAUCGAUAGACCCUUGUCUCAAGCUUUUCACAGGCUCUCAGAGCCCAGACUGUCCCCAAUGACGGAGACAUCAGUGCCUCGUGAAAUGUUAUCAGGUCGGGGUAAUGGGUGGUAAGAUGCUUAAGUGAGUAAGGAGGCUUCAAGCAAAGUCUGAAAACCUGAGUUGGAGCCCCCAUACCUACAGGGUGGAAGGAGAGAACCGGCUCCCAGAAGUUGCCUUGUGACCCUCACGUGCAUGUCAUGGCAUGUGAGUACCCCCACACCUGCAUACACACUUAGAAUAAAUUGUUAUUAAAUGUAUAAACAAACAAAUAAAUAAGAAAAAACAUUGAAAAGAGUUUCCCAAAUGCAUGAAGGACUGUGAGGCUGAUCUGCAAAGGAACUGGCCACUAGAGGAGGCACAGUAUGAAACAGAUCUAUGGAUCCAUGUAGGUCCUAUGAUCAUUAUAAUGGCCACAUUCUGAGCUCCAUCUCCACAUUCCCUCCAUCUGUGGCAUCUUCAGUAUUUACCUAAUUGGAGAAGCCCUCCUGGCUUUUCCUGUUACAGCACUCUGUUCCCUGACCUCCACCACAGCACUGACACCUGGCCAGUGAAUACAAGGACCAUGAUCAUGGUGAAUCUAGGUUUGAGAACAGGGCUCUGGUAUUCCAGAAUUCAUGGCUUCUGCAAUACAGUUGUCUUUCCAGGACAAAGAGCAGGAACUGCAGAAGUGUAUUUUCCCUGGCUGUUGGUCAUUGGCUCUUGUCAUUUCUCCCUUUAGUUCUCAGGAAGUGAAAACUUUGCCCCACCCCACAUGUUCUCCCACCUGCAUUCCUUCUGGUCCUGUCUGGGCAGCAUAUAUAAUCUCCUUUGGGUUGUUGAUGCUAUCAGUCUGGGACAGAACAGUCUCAGGCCUGGGAGCCUGUCAUGCCGCUGUACAGACUUCCUGGCUGGCUGGAUGCUGUGGCCUGUGGACUCCUGAUUAUCCUCCUCCAUGUGCAGGGUCAGGACUCAUCAGAGGCCAACCCCAUCAGAAACACACAUGCAGGAAAAGUCAGAGGCAGCCUUGUCCAUGUGAGGGACACCAAGGUUGGUGUCCACAGAUUCCUGGGAAUUCCCUUUGCUAAGCCACCUGUAGGACCACUGCGCUUUGCACCCCCUGAAGCCCCUGAACCGUGGAGUGGUGUGAGAGAUGGGACCUCGCAACCGGCCAUGUGUCUACAAAAUGAUGAUAUAAUGAAUUUAGAGGGUCUGAAGAGGAUAAAGCUGAUCAUGCCUCCCAUCUCUAUGUCCGAGGACUGCCUGUAUCUCAACGUCUAUGCACCAGCGCAUGCCCACAACGGCUCUAACCUGCCUGUGAUGGUGUGGAUCCAUGGUGGUGCACUGAUUAUAGGCAUGGCUUCCUGGUAUGAUGGAUCCAAGCUGGCAGCCACUGAGGAUGUGGUGGUUGUUAAUAUCCAGUACCGUCUGGGUGUCCUGGGCUUCUUCAGCACUGGAGACCAGCACGCCAGAGGCAACUGGGGCUUCUUAGACCAAGUGGCCGCCCUGCGCUGGGUCCAGCAGAACAUCGCCCACUUUGGAGGCAACCCUGACCAGGUCACCAUUUUUGGCGAGUCUGCAGGUGGCACAAGUGUGUCUUUCCAUGUUGUGUCCCCCAUGUCCCAAGGACUUUUCCACAGAGCCAUCAUGCAGAGCGGGGUGGCCCUGCUGCCUCGCCUUAUCUCUAACACUUCUGAGAUGGUCUUCACGAUGGUGGCAAAGCUAUCUGGUUGUGCAUCUUCAAACUCAAAGGCCCUGGUGUAUUGUCUUCGAGACAAAAGUGAAGCAGAAAUUCUGGCUAUUAACAAGGCCUUCAGGAUCAUCCCUGCUGUGGUAGAUGGAGAAUUCCUACCCAGGCAUCCUCAGGAACUGUUGGCCUCUGCUGAUUUUCACCCUGUCCCCAGCAUCAUUGGUGUCAAUAAUGAUGAGUAUGGCUGGAUUCUCCCACUGAUCUUCAACACUUAUCAGACAUUAAAGAAAAUAACCAGAGGUACCCUGCGGGCUAUUCUGAAGAGCACAGUAGCAGAACAGUUGAUGCUGCCUCCUGAGUGUAGCGACCUGAUAAUGGAAGAAUACAUGGGGGACACUAAGGACCCACAGACCCUCCAAAUACAGUUCACAGAGAUGAUGGGAGACUUCAUGUUUGUGAUCCCUGCACUCCAAGUAGCACAUUUUCAGCGUUUCUGUGCCCCUGUCUACUUCUAUGAGUUCCAGCACCGGCCCAACUUUUUCAAGGACUUCAAACCACGGCACAUAAAAGCUGACCAUGGUGAUGAGGUUUUCUUUAUCUUUGGAUCCUUCUUCUGGGGUGUCAAAAUUGAUCUCACCGUAAAGGAGAAGCUGCUGAGUAGGAGAAUGAUGAAGUACUGGGCCAACUUUGCACGAUACGGGAACCCCAACAGUGAGGGUCUACCCUACUGGCCAGUGUCAGACCAAAAUGAGCAGUACCUGCAGCUGGACCUCCAGCCUGCUGUGGGCCAUGACCUGAAGGCCAGAAGGCAACAGUUCUGGACCAAGACUCUGCCCCAGAAGAUUCAGGAGCUAAAGGGGGCUCAUGGUAAAAACAAGGAUGUGUAAUAUCCAAAGUAAGAAAAGGUAGGUGAACUUCGGUAAAGCUGAGGUUAGCCUGAGGUUCUCACAGCCCACUUAGAAGCCUGUAUUGGUUCCAACAUUCAUGUAACCAUAACUAAUGUCUAUAGUUGUCCAUUUUGACAACACAUAUGGCAAACACUCUGCUUGUCAUUCCUUACUCAAAAUGCUAGACAAAGUUUUAUUAGACAUAGUCUAUACAGGCUCUCAUAGAAGUGUGGGUGUGUAAGCUCCAAAGUGUACCCAUCUUUCACACUCCUCUGGUACUAGACUCCUUUCUCCUGUCUUCCCCUUACCUUAUCGCUAUCCUCUCAUCUUUCCCAAGAAGAAAACCCAGAAACUGUGGGCAAUGUUGUCUACACAGGGUGGACAUUUCCAAAGCUCAACCAUUCUCUCAGCAAGUCCUAUGUUUCCACAUAAGUGUCCAAUGAAAAACAUGGUUUUGCUAAUAAUAUAAGAAUAUAAAUAUUGGAGCUGUAAGUAGUAUCAAAAGGUUCAGAAAUGUUCAUCAGAAGCAAUGCCUGUCCCUUGUCCCUGAGCCUGCGCAUGUGUGAAGGGACAACCUGCCCCCAAGACUUCCUAGAUCCUUGUGGCCCUGCUACUAUUUCAUCUCUUGUGGUUUCAUAUUCAUUCUUACUUAUUCUUGUCCCUAAACUCUCCUAUACUUUAUUCCAUUUCACAAAGGUAACAAAUUGUAUUCAAUUUGCCCUGGGUUCUCUCAAAGUAUUUUCCCUCUGUCAUUAAGAGGCUGUUUACUUCAUCC